AUGGCGAGCGACUCCCCGGCUCGCAGCCUGGAUGAAAUAGAUCUCUCGGCUUUGAGGGACCCCGCAGGAAUCUUUGAAUUGGUGGAACUUGUUGGCAAUGGAACAUAUGGACAAGUAUAUAAGGGUCGUCAUGUCAAAACGGGCCAGCUGGCAGCCAUCAAGGUUAUGGAUGUCACAGGGGAUGAAGAGGAAGAAAUCAAACAAGAAAUUAACAUGUUGAAGAAAUACUCUCAUCACCGGAAUAUAGCUACAUACUAUGGUGCUUUUAUCAAAAAGAACCCACCAGGCAUGGAUGACCAACUUUGGUUGGUGAUGGAGUUUUGUGGUGCAGGCUCUGUCACUGACCUGAUCAAGAACACAAAAGGUAACACGUUGAAGGAGGAGUGGAUUGCGUACAUCUGCAGGGAGAUCUUACGAGGGCUGAGUCACCUGCACCAGCAUAAAGUGAUUCAUCGAGAUAUUAAAGGGCAAAAUGUCUUGCUGACUGAAAAUGCAGAAGUUAAACUAGUGGACUUUGGAGUCAGUGCCCAGCUUGAUCGAACAGUGGGCAGGAGGAAUACCUUCAUCGGAACACCCUACUGGAUGGCGCCAGAAGUUAUUGCCUGCGAUGAAAACCCAGAUGCCACGUAUGAUUUCAAGAGUGACUUGUGGUCUCUGGGAAUCACCGCUAUCGAGAUGGCAGAAGGUGCUCCCCCUCUGUGUGACAUGCACCCCAUGAGAGCUCUCUUCCUCAUCCCCCGGAACCCAGCGCCUCGGCUGAAGUCUAAGAAGUGGUCAAAAAAAUUCCAGUCAUUUAUCGAGAGCUGUUUGGUAAAGAACCACAGCCAGCGACCAGCAACAGAACAACUGAUGAAGCAUCCAUUUAUACGAGACCAACCUAAUGAGCGACAGGUCCGCAUCCAGCUCAAGGACCAUAUCGAUAGAACAAAGAAGAAGCGAGGAGAGAAAGAUGAGACGGAGUAUGAGUACAGCGGAAGUGAGGAAGAAGAAGAGGAGAAUGACUCCGGAGAGCCCAGCUCCAUUCUGAACCUGCCCGGGGAGUCGACGCUGCGGCGGGACUUCCUGAGGCUCCAGCUGGCCAACAAGGAGCGGUCUGAGGCCCUGCGGCGGCAGCAGCUGGAACAGCAGCAGCGGGAGAACGAGGAGCAUAAGCGGCAGCUGCUGGCCGAGCGCCAGAAGCGCAUCGAGGAGCAGAAGGAGCAGCGGCGGCGGCUGGAGGAGCAACAAAGGCGAGAGAAGGAGCUGCGGAAACAGCAAGAGAGGGAGCAGCGCAGACACUAUGAGGAGCAGAUGCGCCGGGAGGAGGAGAGGAGGCGCGCAGAGCACGAGCAGGAGUACAUCAGGCGACAGCUGGAGGAGGAGCAGAGGCAGCUAGAGAUCUUACAGCAGCAGCUACUGCAUGAACAAGCGCUACUUCUGGAAUAUAAGCGCAAGCAGUUGGAAGAACAGAGACAAGCAGAAAGGCUACAGAGGCAACUAAAGCAAGAGAGAGACUACUUGGUUUCUCUUCAGCAUCAGCGGCAGGAGCAGAGGCCUGUGGAGAAGAAGCCACUAUAUCAUUACAAAGAAGGGAUGAGUCCUAGUGAGAAACCAGCGUGGGCCAAGGAGGUAGAAGAACGGUCAAGGCUCAACCGGCAGAGUUCACCUGCCAUGCCUCACAAGGUUGCCAACAGGAUAUCAGACCCCAACCUGCCCCCACGGUCGGAGUCCUUUAGCAUCAGUGGGGUUCAGCCUGCUCGGACACCCCCCAUGCUCAGAUCAGUCGAUCCCCAGAUCCCGCAUCUGGUAGCAGUGAAAUCCCAGGGACCUGCCUUGACCGCCUCCCAGUCGGUGCAUGAGCAGCCCACGAAGGGCCUCUCUGGGUUUCAGGAGGCUCUGAAUGUGAGCUCUCACCGUGUCGAGAUGCCACGCCAGAACUCAGAUCCCACCUCUGAAAACCCACCUCUCCCCACUCGCAUUGAGAAGUUUGACCGAAGCUCUUGGUUACGACAGGAAGAAGACAUUCCACCAAAGGUGCCUCAAAGAACAACUUCUAUAUCCCCAGCAUUAGCAAGAAAGAAUUCUCCUGGAAAUGGUAGUGCUCUGGGACCCAGAUUAGGAUCUCAACCCAUCAGAGCAAGCAACCCCGACCUCCGGAGAACCGAGCCCGUCUUGGAGAGCUCCUUGCAGAGGACCAGCAGUGGCAGUUCUUCCAGCUCCAGCACCCCCAGCUCCCAGCCCAGCUCCCAAGGCGGCUCUCAGCCUGGGUCACAAGCAGGAUCCAGCGAGCGGACCCGGGUUCGAGCCAACAGUAAGUCGGAAGGAUCACCUGUGCUCCCCCAUGAGCCCUCCAAGGUGAAACCAGAAGAAUCCAGGGAAAUUACCCGACCAAGUCGCCCAGCUAGCUAUAAGAAAGCUAUAGAUGAGGAUCUGACGGCGUUGGCCAAAGAAUUAAGAGAACUUCGGAUUGAAGAAACAAACCGCCCGCUGAAGAAGGUAACAGAUUACUCCUCCUCCAGUGAGGAGUCCGAAAGCAGUGACGAAGAGGAGGAAGAUGGAGAGAGUGAGACCCAGGACGGGACGGUGGCUGUCAGCGACAUACCCAGACUGAUACCCACAGGAGCCCCCGGGAGCGCUGAGCAGUACAAUGUGGGAAUGGUCGGCACACACGGGCUGGAGACCUCUCACGCGGAUACUUUCAGCAGCAGUAUUUCAAGAGAAGGAACCUUGAUGAUAAGAGAACCGUCCGGAGAGAAGAAGCGACCUGGCCACAGUGACAGCAAUGGCUUUGCCGGCCACAUCAACCUCCCGGACCUGGUACAGCAGAGCCAUUCCCCUGCGGGGACCCCCACCGAGGGCCUGGGGCGCGUCUCCACCCACCCCCAGGAAAUGGACGCCGGGACUGAAUAUGGCCUGGGGAGCAGCACCAAAGCCUCCUUCACCCCCUUUGUGGACCCCAGGGUAUACCAGACGUCUCCCACUGAUGAAGAUGAAGAAGAUGAGGAAUCAUCAGCUGCGGGAACCCAGAGGUAUCCAGGGGCCCUGGGAAAAGCUGUUCCUCCGAGAUCUCCAAACUCACCACCUAUUUCUCAAAAGCAGUUUCUGGCUCUGUUUACUAGCGAACUUCUUAGGCAAGAACAGGCCAAACUAAAUGAAGCAAGAAAGAUUUCAGUGGUAAAUGUAAACCCAACCAACAUUCGGCCUCAUAGCGACACACCGGAGAUCAGAAAAUAUAAGAAGCGAUUCAAUUCAGAAAUACUUUGUGCAGCUCUGUGGGGUGUAAACCUCCUGGUGGGAACUGAAAAUGGCCUGAUGCUUUUGGACCGAAGUGGGCAAGGCAAAGUUUAUAAUCUGAUCAACCGGAGGCGAUUUCAGCAGAUGGAUGUGCUCGAGGGACUGAAUGUCCUCGUGACAAUAUCAGGAAAGAAGAAUAAGUUACGAGUUUACUAUCUUUCAUGGUUAAGAAACAGAAUACUACACAAUGACCCAGAAGUAGAAAAGAAACAAGGCUGGAUCACUGUGGGAGACUUGGAAGGCUGUAUACAUUACAAAGUUGUUAAAUAUGAAAGGAUCAAAUUCUUGGUGAUUGCCUUAAAGAAUGCUGUGGAGAUAUAUGCUUGGGCUCCUAAACCGUAUCAUAAGUUCAUGGCAUUUAAGUCUUUUGCAGAUCUCCAGCACAAGCCACUGCUUGUUGAUCUCACAGUAGAAGAAGGUCAAAGAUUAAAGGUUAUUUUUGGUUCACACACUGGUUUCCAUGUAAUUGAUGUUGAUUCAGGAAACUCUUAUGAUAUCUACAUACCAUCUCAUAUUCAGGGCAAUAUCACUCCUCAUGCCAUUGUCAUCUUGCCUAAGACAGAUGGAAUGGAAAUGCUUGUUUGCUAUGAGGAUGAGGGGGUGUAUGUAAACACCUACGGCCGGAUAACUAAGGAUGUGGUGCUCCAAUGGGGAGAAAUGCCCACGUCUGUGGCCUACAUUCAUUCCAAUCAGAUAAUGGGCUGGGGCGAGAAAGCUAUUGAGAUCCGGUCAGUGGAAACAGGACAUUUGGAUGGAGUAUUUAUGCAUAAGCGAGCUCAAAGGUUAAAGUUUCUAUGUGAAAGAAAUGAUAAGGUAUUUUUUGCAUCCGUGCGAUCUGGAGGAAGUAGCCAAGUGUUUUUCAUGACCCUCAACAGAAAUUCCAUGAUGAACUGGUAACAGAAGAGCACUUGGCACUUAUCUUCAUGGCGUUAUUUCUAAUUUAAAAGAACAUAACUCAUGUGGACUUAAUGCCAGUCUAGAGGCAGAAUCAGAAGGCUUGGUUGAACAUACUGCUUUCCCCUUUUCCUCUCCCUCCACCCGUCCCGAUACAGUCCAUCUUUCAAUGUUGCAGCCUGGUUGAGAAGGAGAGAAAAAGGUGGCAGGAAUUUCCAGGAGAUCCCCAAGAAUGCUGCGUUGUCUAUGGACAGAGAUGGACCAUGUGCCCUUCGGAGUUAGGGAUAGAAACAAAUAUUGUGUGCUCUUAUGAUUAAGCUGUGUUACGGUGGAUUUUUUAGUUUUGUUUUGUUUUUUACCUUUUUUUUUUCUUUACCCCCUUACUUUGUAAGAAUGGGGAGAGAAUGCAUACUGAGAAAGUGUCUGUUUUUAAUUCUGUCUGCCUGCUAGCUUUAAGUAUAUGAUAUGUUGUUAAGAUCUCCAACUUCAAAUGGUGAGAGACGGCACAAUAAAUGUACCUUAUCUCUUUACACUGAAGGCCAUAACUACACAGUGGGGUAAUUUUAGAACUCUUUUGCCUUCACCAACCCAAGAGGUUGCUUUUUGAUAGCAACUGCUAAUGAAUUUUUAAAAGAGAAGAAAAAUACUAGUAUUCCCCUCUUUUGGGAAAUAGAUUUUAAAUGGCUAAGCUACUAGCCUUAGACUAAUAAAAUCAACUACCAUUUUUGUGAGUCUGGCAGGCCCUAUUUUAUAGGGCCCUGUACAGAACAGAGUGUGUCUCAUGGGAUAGUAGUGCCAUUGAGUUAAGUUGACUCUAGUAAAUGAGGGACUCUAUAUACAACGUUGCCUCAAUGAUUACUGCAACAGAUCAGGGCAAAAGAUGGGAUGACAGAGGGGGUCAGAUGGAAAGAGCUUCUGGAAACAAGCUAAAAAUGUAUAUAUAUACACACACACAUUUUUUUUUUCAAAUGCACAAAACUUCCCAGCUAGGAAGUCACUCUGUUUGGGCUUCGUUAGGAGUUAAGACCUUGUUCUUUCUGGGAAUUGGAGAAUCGAUGACAUCCAGGCUCUAGUUACUCCCAGCUUCCUCCUGAGGUGCCACUGUCUCAAGAUGAAAACUGUGACUGAAAUAACAAUAAUAAUAAAUGUUUCUGAGCUGCCUGUGUUCUCUCUGGGUUGGUGAGAGAAGGGACUAGACUACUAAGCCUGCCUGGGACCCAGCAGGCAUCAUUGGUUCAGAUUUUAUAGAACUUGAAAGCAAGGCUUUGGCCAAAAUUCUGAGACCCUAAUCAUUUUACCUUCCUCUAAAUUACCCAACAUCCGGUAAACAACGUUUGUGCAGAGAUAUGUAUGUAUUUCGUUCAGGUUGACUUGUGUCCUUAUAAACUCUUCCACGGAU